GGGAGCGCUGUUGCUUGCGGAAGGAAAAAUGAAGGACAAUGCGACAUUCCACCUUUGGAGGAGGGAGUGUUCUACAAGCAAGUUUCUGCAGGACAAGUUCAUUCAGUGUUUCUGCAAAGUGACGGGAGUGCUGUUGCUCGUGGCGGGAACUUUGCUGGACAAUGCAACACUCCCGUUUUUCCAACAGGUUGCUAUGUUGUUGACUUGGCUAAAGACUACAUUCUCCAAGUGUUUGUUGCCUUUAAAGACGAUGCAGCUAAGCUGACAUGCUGUGAUUUGGCUGGGCAUGAGGUAUUGCAAUUGAGGGCAAGUGAGUCUGACCUGGCCUGGGAUACACACAAACGCAUUGCGAGGGACUUGCAGGUAAACCUUCAAAAUCUUCGUUUGGUCUUGCCUGAUGGACAGUUGUUGGCCGCGAUCUGCAGGGCAAGUCCGUUGGCAACCAUUGCGGAUUUGGCUUGACCACAAGCCUCAGGGACCCGGGAAAAAGCGCUCUACAUUGGGUUUGCUUUGGUCUCAACAGCCACUUCAACUUGACGCUGCCCCGUAACUUAGCCUAGUAGAGCCCCCCCGGGGUUUGAAAUAGACCCGCUUAUAGCGCGUGGUAAGGAUCGCUUGUUGCAAUGAUCGACUGUUUGGAUGAUCAACCCCUCAACUCUGUGCAGAAAACUGGUCGAACCGGGAGUCUGAGAGGCUUUCAAAACAUUGCCUGUUUUCGGACCAAGAAGAGAACCCAGUUGGACAUUCUCAGCCACUCACAACAUAAGAAAGUGCAAAGUUCAACACAUAUUCCAGAUAAUUGCACUGCCACUCGAAUUGAUCUCGGGCGAACCAAGCCAACAAAUAGCACUCAAGUUGUUCUCCCGUUUGUGACAAUGUCAGCAGGAGUUUCUCAUUCAGUGCUUCUGCAAAGUGAUGGGAGUGCUGUUGCUUGCGGA